AUGGUGUUCAAAAUCGGGGCUUGCUUGCUGUUGUGGGCGGCUACAAUUCAAGCUCGCCCACCUGUCGUUCCAAUCGGUGAAUAUGGAUUAUUUACCGAGUCUUCAUCUGAUUACGGUUUGGCAAAGCGCGACUUGACGGACCUAUAUCCAGAACAGACAAUAUCAAUUCCUCUGGAUCACUUCCAGAACGAGGAUAGAUAUGAGCCUCAUUCAAAUGCGACGUUCAAACUCCGCUACUGGUACGAUGCGAGCCACUAUAAGAAGGGCGGCCCCGUGAUCAUUUUGCAUGGCGGAGAGACUAGCGGCCAAGGCCGUUUGCCGUUCCUGCAGAAAGGAAUGUUGGCCCAGCUCGCUAAGGCCACAAACGGUGUUGGCGUUGUGUUGGAACACCGCUAUUAUGGAACCAGUAUCCCGACAAAGGACUUUUCCACCAAAAAUUUGCGAUUCUUGACAACCGAGCAGGCUAUGGCCGACUCGGCGUACUUCUCCAAGAAUGUCGUGUUCAAAGGUCUCGAGGAUAAGGAUUUGACGGCCCCAAAGACUCCGCACAUUCUAUACGGUGGAUCCUAUGCCGGCGCGCAAGUUGCUCUGCUUCGCGUUGAGUACCCAGAGAUCUUCUGGGGAGCAAUCUCAUCUUCUGGUGUGACCAAAGCCAUCUGGCACUACUGGCAAUACUAUGAGCCCACCCGCCAACAUGCUCCACAGCACUGCGUCAAACAAACUCAGACUUUCGUCGACCUGGUGGAUAACAUUGCUCUCCGCGGCAGAAACCGCGAGACCACCCAAAAACUCAAGGAAUUCUUCAGUCUUGGUGAUUUAACCCACACUGACGACUUCGCGAAUGUCCUUUCCUUCGGCAUCUCCGGCUGGCAAAGCACCAACUGGGAUCCCGCUAUUUCCGGAAAGAAUUUCUUCAGGUAUUGCGAUACAAUCACCACCGAUCGCUUGCUCUACCCGGUAUCAGACGAGCAGCAGAAGCUUGCCACCGAAUUGAUCAAAGCAGGUAAAUAUGGUCGCCAUGGAAGACAGCUUAAGAACCGCCUCCUCAACUAUGCUGCCUAUGUUAAUGCCACUUACGUCGCUCCUUGCCGUCGCCGAGGAAGCACUCUUGACACUUGCUUCGGCACUCAUGAUCCAGCGUUCUACAAGCGGGACGACACCAGACAGGAGUGGAGAUUGUGGAACUACCAGGUCUGCACUGAAUGGGGAUUCCUCCAAACCGGAAGCGGUGUUCCAAAAUUCAUUAAGCCUUUGGUUUCUCGACUGAUCGACCUCAAGUACACAACCACCACCUGCCGUGAAGCUUACAACCUCCACGGUGAGGCCGAUGUCAGACGCAUCAAUAAAUACGGUGGCUUCAACAUCGAAUACCCGCGCCUCGCUAUCAUUGACGGAGAGGCCGACCCGUGGAAGGAGGCUUCACCACACGCAACCUUUGCCCGGCCUCGUAGAAGCACCCUCGAUAAGCCAUUCAUCCUGAUCCCCGACGCCGUUCACCACUACUUCCCACCAGAUCGGAUCAAAGAAAGGUCCCAGGCCCAAGAGAUCGAGUUUGUGAAGAAAUGGUUGAAAGAUUGGGAUCGCGAGCAUGGGCGUGAUUAG